AUGUCAGCACUGAGUUGUAAGGUCCAGACAGUGUUGGGUCCGAUAGAACCCGACCAGCUUGGUUGAACCAUGACCCACGAGCACCUGACCAUGACCUUUGAGUGCUGCUACUUCCCUCUGGCCAGGGAGACGAGGCCGUGGCCCAGUUGGCCCCCAUCCAGAUGAAGAACAUGUUCUGGCUGGAGCAGAACCCUUACAGCAGGUAAUCUAGAACAUUAAUAGCAAGUAGUCUAGAGCCCGUUCAGCAGACAGUCUAGAACCCAUACAGCAUGUAGUCUAGAAACAUUACAGCCGGUAGUCUAGAACCUUUAUAACAGGUUGUCCAGAACCUUUACAGCAGGUAGUCUAGAACCUUUACAGCAGGUAGUCUAUAACCUUUAUAGCAGGUAGUCUAGAACCUGUACAGCAGAUAUAACCUUUACAGCAGGUAGUCUAGAACCUUUACCACAGGUAGUCUAGAAACUGUACAGCAGGUAGUCUAGAACCCAUACAGCAGGUAGUCUAUAACCUUUACCGCAGGUAGUCUAGAACCUGUACUGCAGGUAGUCUAGAACCCUUACAGCAGGUAGUCUACAUCAGGUAGUCUAAAACACUUACGGCAGGUAGUCUAGAACCCAUACAGCAGGUAGUCUAGAACCGUUACAGUAGGUAGUCUAUAACCCAUAUAGCAGGAAGUGUUCUAGAACCCGUACAGCAGGUAGUCUAGAACCCAUACUGCAGGUAGUGUAGAACCCAUAGAGCAGGUAGUCCAGAACCCAUACAGUAGGCAGUUUUCUAGAACCCGUACAGCAGGUAAUCUAGAACUAAUACAGCAGGUUGUCUAGAACCCAUAGACCAGGUAGUCCAGAACCCAUACAGUAGGCAGUUUUCUAGAACCCGUACAGCAGGUAAUCUAGAACUAAUACAGCAGGUAGUCUAGAACCCAUAGAGCAGGUAGUCCAGAACCCAUACAGUAGGCAGUUUUCUAGAACCCUUACACAGGUAGUCUAGAACCCAUACAGAAGGCAGUCUAGAACCUGUUAAAUCUCUGUGGCAAUGGACAAUAAAGUAUUUGUCUUCAUCAUCUUCCUCUUUAGCCAUGAGAACCUGCUUCUGCUGCAGGAGACCAGAGCUGUGCGGGAAGCGUUGCGUGAGUACCAAAAGGCAGGAGGGGGAACCAUCAGAGAAAGCACUACCCAGGGUAUUGCCCAGCCUCAAACAGCUGUCCAAGGAUACAGGUCUACAUGUCAUAGGAGGGCGGGGGACUAUGUGGAUGCCACCCACUCUGAGGACAUCAGGAAGAUGACAGUGGAGAAGGUCGGGAAGGUUUAUUACAUUUUUUACAUUUUAGUCUUUUAGCAGACGCUCUUAUCCAGAGCGACUUACAGGAGCAAUUAGGGUUAAGUGCCUUGCUCAAGGGCACAUCGACAGAUUUUUCACCUAGUCGGCUCGGGGACUAGAACCAGCGACCUUUCGGUUAAUGGCACUACGCUCUUAACCACUAAGCUACCUGGUGGUGUCGUGUAGUUUGUGUCUGAUGUGUACUGGCCUAUUUGUAGGAGCCACUGUCUCAGUAAGAAUCUUCCAAGUGGCUUUGGUCAGCUGUCUCCCACCUGAAGGAGUUAUGGCCAGUUUGUGUCCAUUGUCUUGUUUCUCUAACUUCAUAGCACGUGAAGCUAGCUUGCAGAGCAGCUAGCUAAAAGCUAGGCUAGGUUCAAGAUACCACUGUACCUAGCGACCUCCAUCUAAUAAUUAUCAUUUCACGAAUUUAAGGACCAGACAUUGAGAUCGCUUUAGAAUAUUUAUUGCGGGAAUGUAAUGGAUUCAGGAGGGGAAUUGGGAAUGGGCCGGAUGAAGCUGAAGGCUGCAGAUGAAGGAUCCGGGGGGUGGACUCUAGAGUUUGGCUUGGAGUCUCAGGUAGACAUCAUCGUCAGGCCUGUGGGAGUUAGGCUGCUUCCAGGAGAUCCUUGGAAGAACCUAAGAGAUACUAGAUAGAAGGGGGGAUGCAAAACUUGAUAAGGUUAGUAAUGCACAGUGUCGUGCAACGCAACAUGCACUGCAGAAGACAGAGGAGGAAUAUUAGUUUGUUCAGAUUUAAGUAUGGUGGCAGUGGUGAUUAAGGAGAGUGAGGACAGGUGUCGAGGCUGAUUAGCAAUGAGUUGCAACUAAUGCUGUUGAGGAGCUGUGUUCACGGCAACUAGUUAAAGUGUUGCAAAAGGCAUGGAAACUGAUUGGCAGUUAGUAGCAGCAGGUGCUUGUUAAGUUAGUAGGGAGCUGCAUUCAAGGCAAAUACAGUAGUUAAAAUGUUGCAUUCAAGUCUGGUCCUCUCUCCAUCAAAAAGAAACAACAUUACCAUUACAAUAAACAUAAACGGGAGGCAGUCAUAUAAUUGGCUUACCAGCCAAUGUGUAUUACUUAACAUUACUAUUAAAAUAGUACUCACUUAUAGGAAUGGGUCAUUGUUUACAAGCUGCUAGCUAUCCCAUAAAGCCAAAACCGAAAACCACAUAUUUUAUCAACGGAUUCUAGCUGGACUGAAGACAAUGCAAAGUUUUGAAAAAUUCAAACUUUGUUCAAGGGGGCGUUACGAUUCCACUGCGUUGUGGACAACCCCAUUGAAAUGAAUGACAUCUGGCGCAAUGUAACUGAGUGCCUAUGGUUAAUGUGAACGAGGCAUGACACAGACAACAGCGUUAGCGAGGUGCUCCAGGGGGCGGACGGGACCGAGGUCGGCUGCAGCUGGCCAGUCAUGGACAGUGAGAAGAAGUUGCUGCAGGCCACUGCACACGCUCAGACCAAGCUGGGCUGCCCAGUCAUCAUCCACCUGGGAUGGAACCCUGGAGCCCCGCUGAAAUAGUCUACCUCCUGCAGGAGGCUGGAGGUGACAUCAGCAAGACCGUCAUGUCACACCUGGACAGGUGAGGGUUCUCAGGACCCAGACUGGACUGGAUAUGGAGUGGUGACAGGACUACGGCUAAGAGUUUUUCCUGGUCAGUCACAUAGUCUGGAAAAACUCUGGGCCCUACAUGGGUUUAUAAUAUAGUAUAAACAAUUAUACUUAUAAAGCAAGCUUCUAUAUAGCUGUUAUGUUCAGCAAGGUAAUAAUGCUUAUUGUGGAGCAUUUGAAUCUGCUGAUGACUCAAAGGUACAGUAGCUUCAGUGAUGAGUGACUGUAAAUUAUUUAUAUUGGGUUUUUUCUAACACAGGACCAUAUUUGACAAUGGAGAGCUGCUGGAGUUUGCUAAAAUGGGGAAUAACCUGGAGUACGACCUGUAUGGAACAGAGAUGCUGAACUAUGCCUAUAACCUGGAGAUGGACAUGCCCAGUGACAGCCAGAGUCAAAGUGUGAGUACUCUUUAUGUUGCUACCAAACUACCUACAGAUUUAGGAUCUUAAUUUGACCCUGAUUCCCACAGCAUGAACAUAAUCCUGCAACAACAGGAAAUGUGAAUUAUAAUUAAUUGACAUAUUUGUAGGCAUUGGAAAAUCAAGUCUGAACAUUUAAAGUUGAAAUUACAAACUUUAGAAGCCUUUUAAAACCUCAAAUACACUGCAAGUUUGCAUUUGCUGCAACAAAAGGGUGAUCAAAUGAAGAUCCUACAUAUGUACUAGACAACCACAGCUAAACAAAGUCCAUGUGGUUGUCUCUAUAUAAUUCACGAUACUUUACAAAAUGUAAACAGCAAAAUAACACCCAUAGAUCUGUUUUGAUGUGUGUGUAUGUGCGUGGGUGCGAGUGUGUACCUCCCUCUCUCCAGCUUGGCGUUCCUGGUCCAGGAGGGUUAUGAGGACAACAUUGUCAUCGCCCAUGACAUCCACACCAAGAACCGUCUCACCAAGUACGGAGGCCAGGGCUACUUACACAUCCUGAAGAACAUUGUGGCCAAGAUGCUGGGCAGAGGGAUCAACCAGACCCAGGUGGACAAGAUCGUCAUAGACAACUCUAAACGCUGGCUCACAUUCAAAUGA